AAGUAGCUCUGGCCAGUUGUCAGCUCCCAUCUACCACAGAAAGCACUGAAGAGAGCAUUGCCUCCCUAUGUGACUAGAGGAAGGGGGAAGUUGUCACACCAGGCGCACCAGCACCUGACACAUGCACCAUGACCCUGAGACAGCACAGGACAUCAGACCCCAGUCCCUUGUGGGUCCUGCUCCUGUGUGUCCACAUCGUCAGUCUCCCAGCCAGAGCCACGCCUAUACCUCAGAGCACCACAGCUACCAUUGCCUCAGCUGGGAUCACACCGGACCCCUACUCCUCUUGGCUUCCAACACUUCUAACAGCUAAGCAGUGCCCAGCAUUAGAGGUGACCUGGCCAGAGGAGGAAGUACCACCGAAUGGAACGCUGACAUUGUCCUGUACCGGCUGCAGCCGCUUCCCCUUCAGCAUCCUCUACUGGCUGGGCAAUGGUUCCUUCAUCGAGCACCUCCCAGGCCGGCUGCGGGAGGGCAGCACCAGCCGGGCUCGUGGGAGUACAAGCACCUGGCUGCGGAGGGCCUUGGUGCUGGAGGAGCUGAGCCCUGCCCUGCGCAGCACCAACUUCUCCUGUGUUCUCAUGGAUCCUGCACAGGUUGCCCAGCGUCACGUCAUUCUGGCCCAGCUCAGGGCUGGGCUGAAGACAACCCUGCCUCCCACUCAAGAAGUCCUGUCCUCCAGCCACUACCCAGGGCCACAGCUGCCCUCAUCAGCAGGGCCAGGAAUCAGCACACAGUGCCAGCAGCAGGACAGCAACCUUGACCAGAGCCCGGGUCCCGCUUACCUGGAGGGUUAACAUAAUCCUAAUCGCAAGCAGCACUUCCUCCCCC